AUGGAGCUACAACCGCAACAACUAUACACACAAAUAUUUAGAUGCGGAAAUAUCAACUUUUCAAAACGUACAAGGUGUAAUCGCUGUGGAACUCCCAAAUCAACAGCCGAGCAUAGAGUUUCUAGUGGAUCACAAAAGCAAGGCGAUUGGUCUUGUGAUCAAUGCGGUAAUAUAAACUGGGCAAGAAGAAGUAAUUGCAAUAUUUGUGGCGUCCCAAAGCAGCCUUUGAACGUUGAACCCAGGGUUGGUAGAGGAGGGGGUCACUACGAUUUGCAGGAUCCAACAGAUAGAAAUACGUACGAUUCUGAUCAGGAAAAAUACGACGAAUUUGGUCGUAAGAAGAAGGGGAGAGUGUAA